CACGCUCUCCCCGCACCCCCCGCUAGGCUCGGGGCGACGCCCGCGUGGAUGGGAUGGAAGCGGGACCCUCGGGAUCAGCUGCUGCGGGCACUUACCUACCACCCCUGCAGCAGGUAUUUCAAGCUCCUCGCCGGCCCGGGAUAGGAACUGUCGGGAAGCCAAUCAAACUCUUAGCCAACUACUUUGAAGUGGACAUUCCCAAGAUCGAUGUCUAUCAUUAUGAAGUUGACAUCAAGCCAGACAAGUGCCCGCGCAGAGUCAACAGGGAAGUUGUGGAAUACAUGGUUCAACACUUCAAACCUCAGAUCUUUGGUGACCGGAAGCCAGUAUAUGAUGGGAAGAAGAACAUUUAUACAGUCACAGCUCUGCCUAUCGGAAAUGAAAGGGUUGACUUUGAGGUGACAAUUCCAGGGGAAGGCAAAGACAGGAUCUUCAAGGUGUCCAUCAAAUGGAUGGCCAUUGUGAGUUGGCGGAUGCUGCAUGAGGCCCUGGUGAGCGGGCAGAUCCCUGUUCCUCUGGAAUCCGUCCAGGCUCUUGACGUGGCCAUGAGGCAUCUGGCAUCCAUGAGGUACACCCCAGUGGGCCGUUCCUUCUUCUCUCCCCCUGAAGGAUACUAUCACCCGCUGGGAGGAGGUCGGGAGGUCUGGUUCGGCUUCCACCAGUCUGUCAGGCCUGCAAUGUGGAAGAUGAUGCUCAAUAUUGAUGUGUCAGCAACAGCGUUCUACAAGGCUCAGCCUGUGAUCGAGUUCAUGUGUGAGGUGCUUGAUAUCCGGAACAUAGAUGAGCAGCCGAAGCCUCUGACGGACUCACAGAGAGUUCGGUUCACCAAGGAGAUCAAAGGCUUGAAGGUGGAGGUUACUCACUGUGGGCAAAUGAAGAGAAAAUACCGUGUGUGUAAUGUUACUCGGCGGCCAGCUAGUCACCAAACGUUCCCCCUGCAGCUGGAGAGUGGUCAGACCGUAGAGUGCACCGUGGCACAGUACUUUAAGCAGAAGUACAACCUCCAGUUGAAGUACCCCCACCUGCCGUGUCUCCAAGUUGGUCAAGAGCAGAAGCACACGUACCUGCCUCUGGAGGUGUGUAAUAUUGUGGCUGGCCAGAGGUGCAUCAAGAAACUAACAGACAAUCAGACCUCCACCAUGAUUAAAGCAACCGCAAGGUCUGCCCCGGACAGGCAAGAGGAAAUCAGCCGCCUGAUGAAGAAUGCCAGUUAUAACCUGGACCCUUACAUACAAGAGUUCGGGAUAAAAGUGAAGGAUGACAUGACUGAAGUGACCGGACGUGUCCUGCCAGCCCCGAUCUUGCAGUACGGGGGCCGGAACCGUGCCAUCGCCACCCCCAACCAGGGGGUGUGGGACAUGAGAGGAAAGCAGUUCUACAAUGGCAUUGAGAUCAAAGUCUGGGCCAUCGCCUGCUUUGCCCCUCAGAAGCAGUGCAGAGAGGAAGUUCUGAAAAACUUCACCGACCAGCUGCGCAAGAUCUCCAAGGAUGCUGGGAUGCCGAUCCAGGGCCAGCCGUGCUUCUGCAAGUACGCGCAAGGUGCUGACAGCGUGGAGCCCAUGUUUCGGCACCUGAAGAACACCUACUCAGGGCUUCAGCUCAUCAUCGUGAUCCUCCCAGGGAAGACGCCGGUGUAUGCGGAGGUAAAGCGUGUGGGAGACACGCUCCUGGGCAUGGCUACUCAGUGCGUGCAAGUCAAGAAUGUGGUGAAGACGUCGCCCCAGACGCUCUCCAACCUCUGCCUCAAGAUCAAUGUCAAGCUCGGGGGCAUCAACAACAUCCUGGUGCCCCACCAGCGUUCUGCCGUCUUUCAGCAGCCAGUUAUAUUCCUGGGAGCUGAUGUAACUCAUCCGCCUGCAGGUGAUGGAAAGAAGCCCUCCAUAACCGCUGUGGUAGGCAGCAUGGAUGCCCACCCGAGCCGGUAUUGUGCCACGGUGCGGGUGCAGCGGCCUCGGCAGGAGAUCAUCGAGGACCUCUCCUACAUGGUGAGGGAGCUGCUCAUCCAGUUCUACAAGUCCACUCGCUUCAAACCCACCCGCAUCAUCUUCUACCGUGACGGCGUGCCAGAGGGACAGCUCCCGCAGAUCCUUCACUACGAACUCCUGGCCAUCCGUGACGCGUGCAUCAAACUAGAGAAGGACUACCAGCCGGGCAUCACCUACAUCGUUGUUCAGAAGCGACAUCAUACCCGCCUCUUCUGUGCAGAUAAGAAUGAGCGGAUCGGCAAAAGCGGGAACAUCCCAGCAGGAACCACAGUAGACACAAACAUCACGCAUCCCUUUGAGUUCGACUUCUAUCUGUGCAGUCAUGCCGGCAUUCAGGGUACAAGCAGGCCUUCCCAUUACUACGUGCUUUGGGACGACAACCGGUUUACAGCAGAUGAGCUUCAAAUCCUCACCUACCAGCUCUGUCACACGUACGUCCGCUGCACCCGCUCCGUCUCUAUCCCAGCACCAGCAUAUUACGCCCGGUUGGUGGCGUUCCGGGCACGAUAUCACCUUGUAGACAAAGAGCACGACAGCGGAGAAGGCAGUCACAUAUCUGGCCAAAGCAACGGCCGAGACCCUCAGGCGCUGGCCAAGGCCGUGCAGGUUCAUCAGGACACUUUACGUACCAUGUACUUUGCUUGAAAGAGAGCGUAACUUUUUUACCUCACUCCAGAAAGCUUUCAGAUCUGUAGGAGCCAUACAAAAACCAAGGGAGCGCCGGGGCGCCGCGUGGGCAUCCAUUGAGAAAUCACUGCAGGGCGUGGACAGCGUUGGAAGCAGGAAACCAGCAUCCUUGGAGGCAGACGCAGGAGAGCCCUCCAGUGGGUGGACACACCUUUGUAGUAUUGCAGAAGAAACUUUGUUUUCCAAUUACCUGACCAAACGUAUUCGAACCAAGGAAGGGAUCUGACUUCCUAGGAAAAGAAAACAGGUUUUCAUUUGCUGGGGUGGGGGAGUGACGCAAUAUUAGACUUUUUGACUGUGAAAUAACUCUUUUGGUCCUCCAAUGCGAAAUCAAACGCUGGUAAGGUUUUUGUUCGGUAUUAUUUUGGGUGGGUGGGGGAAAAGGGACUUGUAGAGCCUUAAAACAGAUGACUAGAUUUAUAAAAACUAAUAUUUUAGGAUACAAAUACUUUAAUUGGUGAAGAAGAAAAAGAAAAGCCAGUAGUUUAUAGAUGAAUUUUAACAGUUUCCCCUUCCCAUUAAAGAAAAAAGAAUUUUCUCCCCUUUAUAUAUAAUAAUAAUUAAUAAUGUAAGGCACCCCCAGCACUUACACAAAGCCGAAAAGGAAACUUGUCUUCCGUCUGAUUAAAAGUGGGUCAGCUGCUGCCCUUUGGACGCAACAGUCGCAAACUUACCGUGGGCAAGUGCCUUACUGCAAUGCUGCAACACACUGACAUUUGUUCACCUUUCCAAGGAAAAAAGAAAAACAAACCAACAAUGCUUUUGCCUCAGUGGUGGUCCAGUUCUCCAUCCUGAAGGUGUUGGGAGUUCUUUUUAAUGUCCGCAAAGCUUAUGGUUUCAUGUUAGCUCACAGUCUCAUGAUGGAUUAAAAUUCUGUGCACUUUUAACGUUACAUAUGAAUUUGGAUGGCUGCUGAUAAAACCUGCUUUUUACAAUACAUGGAUUUUAUUAUUUCUGAUGUAUUUUUUCUUUUUAAUUUAAAAAACCCGACAUUUCUGACAAAUGGGGUGUGUUAAGAGGAAGAAUGUUUUUGCCUACCCCGCGAGCACAAAGAGAACUCCAUUAUCAAUUAAUGUCCUGAUUUUUUAAUAUACCGAUGAAAUUUUUUUAUUACCAAGUGUUAUUUUUAUACAAUGCCGAGUCUAUUGCCAAAACCUACUCAAACUAUUCAUAUUUUCAAUGUUUACAUCACUUUGUUCCCUGCCCCCUGACAAAGACUUCGGAGUGUUCAUACAGCACAAGUUGGAUUUCUUUGUGCUUUCUUUGGUGACAGAUGCUAAAAUUGGAAUGAUGCAGAGAAGAUUCGUAUGAGGUUGGUUUUUUCCCCAUGAAUUGCACUGCAAUCCAGAGUGUUCUUAUUCUAUGUUAUAUAGCCUCCUUGAAUAGUUUAUUUUUUCACCUACUAUAGUUUAUAAAUCCAGCAUAUUCUCUAACUGUCUUAAUGGCUUCAGCUAUUUUUAAUUCUUGCCAUUUUAUUUUUUAUAUAUAUAACGGGGGGAAGGAGACCUGGAAUUCUGUUUCCCUUUGCCAGCCUCUUCCACCAGGACUCUUCAGAUCAGAACAACAACGCGCACUUUGCUGGCCGUGUAUUAACAGUUCUUGAUUCUGUUUGCAUAUGCAAAAUUCAUUCUUUGCCCCAUGAUGAUGAACUCCGGCCUCACUUUCUGAAAUAGGACAUCUUGUGCCUGCAAGACAGGAGCUUCUCUGGCAUCAGGUGGCUCGGAAGAGACAGAUUCUUGCUGUUCUAGUGCAGAACUGGGCAUGUGGCCGGAGAAGCAGAUCCCUUUGAUGCUCACACCACACGGUGCAGAACGUUGUCUUGAGCUGCCAGGCUAAGCCUUUAGAAGCAGAAAGCGUCUCCCGUGCCACCGUUCUCUGAGUGCGUCCCUUCAAGGCCGAGCGGCUCGUGGGGUGAAGGCAAUGGACUGGCGCUUCCGCUGUAAGGUCAAAUGCCCCGUGCUUGUCGUCCCUUCCUCCUCCCCUGCCGCCGUAGGCCAGAAUGUUCACCCAUUGCAAUGCUAUGCAAACAAAAUAGCCAGUUGGAAUAGAACACAAUUGUGUUUUACACAACUCGGGCAUUAUGACUUGUCUCUGUCAGCCGUGAUCCAAAGAAGUAGUGUAGGCAUGCACUGGUGGCUUGGGUGAAGCCACGGGGGAGAGGGUCUGUCUUUGAGCCAUCUGACUUCUGUCUCACAUUGCGAAUUGCUUUGGAAACCCCCCCGACUUCUGAAAUGCUCUUUCCCUAAUGUACUUCAGGGUGUGCGGUCGUGUGUGCGUGGUUGGCUGGUUUUUGAAGCACAAGUCCAGUGCACUAUGGGCUGCACAGAGUACGUGAGCUGAUAUUUGGAUCUUGAUUUGUUUUCCCCAUCCUGUUUCUUUUUCUUUCACUCAGCUGCUUUCUGAGUGUGAUCGGGCACCAUCUCAUGGACAGAAGCAAACGUCUCAGUACAGAAAGGCUGAUGUUGCUUAAUUAAGUGCCUGCAUGGGUAACACAUCAACAUCUUUCAGUGAGGAUCCGGUUUCUAAUCAUUUUCCCUGCAAAGCGGGGAGGGAGCUGGGGCUCCCCAAUCAUGAGUUAGACCAGGAGUGGCGUUUUGAGUUUUUCUUGGCAUCUAUUCACACUGCCUGCCUCUUUGUCUCUGGUUCUCCGCUCGGACUGGGUUUCUCAGUUCAUUCACCAGCAUUGCAACUGAAAGUUUGGUUUGGGAUUCUGAAGUGUUUUGAGCAAAAAAAAUCGAAACAACUUGGGCAUUGCAGAACAUGGGGUUGGGGGCAGAUUUAGAAGAAACUUGCAGCUUUGUAGAAAAAAAUUAAAAGGAAAAAAUGCUUUAAAACAAAUACAAACCUCCAGGACUUCUUACCAAUGGGCUGAUUUUCUGAUUUUUUGCACUCCGUCGUUAGGUUGCUGCUUUGAAUGGAGGGGUGUUUGGCAUGGUGUAAUGAGACACACAGGCAGCUGGGGAAACAUGUCUCUGUAUACUUUCUGCUCCAUCCUCCACUCUCCUCCUCCUCCCCACCUGGUGCAUGCAGAGUUUUCACUAAGUGCCGUAAAUGAUGUCAUUGCUGCACCCUCUAUUUGAGCAAAGUUUCUGGGUUAGGGGUAUCUUCCCCUCUUUUGUCUGUUUAGAUGUUCUAAGAAACGUGUUAGAGCAACCUGCAUGUUCUGUAUAAUGGAAGCUUUGCGUUCUGUUCCCGCUUAGCUUUGGCCAAACUGUAUAUUCUGUCCUCUCGAUAGUCAGAGAGCACAUACUGGAGGAAGGAUUCUUCCUUGGUUUUCUUUUGCGCUGCAAGGCUACAUAUGGGAUCCAUGGAAGACUGCUUGGAACAUUUCACCUUGCACCUUAGACUGUAACGUCACUGUGCCUCUUUUUCUUCUGCAGCUGGAGAUGUUGCCAAAUCCCCACAGGUGGAGUGCGUGGGGGGAGAGAGCGGCAACAUCACGAUGUAGCUAUCCGUUGGCUUCUUUUCUAUUUUUUCUCUUCUUUUUGUUUCAUCUGCACUGCUGCUUGUUCCAGUUCAUGCUAAUAUUUGAACAAAGAAAGAGGUGGCAUUUCCCAACCCAGUGCCUUCCUGUUGGACCACGACUCCCAUCACGGGCAGCCCAGGGUGGCAGUUGGCCAACUCACCUGGAGGGCACCAGGUUGGCGAAGAAGAGUGGGUGGAAGUGGGUCAUGAUGACAAGAACACGCUCCUUCAAUGGUAUUGAGGGACAACAGAUGCAUAACGAUGGGACUCGGAAAGGUCCUUGGGUUCAUGCCAAGGGACUUGCAUGAGCCCAGUGGAAAGUUUGGUGCUCCCCACCUCCCUGGUGCCAGGCGGUGGACUGUGGCUGAUUCUCUGCAAUGGGGGUGGGGUGCCAUCCAACGGAUUAUUGAUGUAGAGUUUCUUUGGGCGUUGGAGCCAGACGGUCCCCAUUCCCAAUGUUCCUGGCCGUCCCUUGGCCAUCCUGGAUGGGACUUCUGCUCAUCUCCUGUAACACCUGCACAGCCACAAGUUCUCUGCACUUGGUCUGAGGACAUGGCUCGGAGCGUAGGAUAUGAAAUAGCAGGGUGGAUCGUCUUCCCUCUCAAGGAUGCAAGCUUUUUGUGUUGUGCCCCACUUUUCAGGCAGAAUAUGAAGAUAACUUGGUUGAUCAGAGGGCAAAAUCAGGUGCAACUUCACAUUCUGUAUAAUAUGUGGGUAUAAAUGCUUACACAGAACCAAUUGUAGUUCUGAGUAAAAGAUGCUGUUCUCUCUGUUGAAUUCUGUAAUGCUAAAAUGUGCAAAAAAUUCCUUGGCUACUAAACCUUGGUCUCUAAACCAGUACACCAUCAUGCCUGGUAUGAUUUUGUCUGUUCAUUUGGGACCAAGCAAGCAACUAAUUUCCACAGAAAACUGUACAAGAAUGCAGCAGAUUGUUCUUCUCUUUCCCCACCCCUUCCUUAAUUCAAAUGUUUGCUAAGCAUCUGGACAGCACAGUGCAAACUUGUUGUGUUGGUCUUGCCUGGAGAGAAGUGUGAGCGACACAGCAGAACAGCAAUAAAAAUAAGUGAAACCUGUAUCACACAUGCGCAUGUAAUUUUGCACUUCCAAAUAAUUGUGAAAUUUAAAGUGACGGCAACUCUGAUUUGCAUUGAAAACUGUUUUUUAACCUGUUACAAGGAAGCAUUGAAGUGUAAAUAGAGAAUGUUCACAAAACACUA